GGGGCCUGGACUCCUGGGUCUGAGGGAGGAAGGGUAUGGGGGCCAGGACUCCAGGGUCUGAGGGAGGAGGGGCUGGGGGCCUGAUUCCUGGGUCUGAGGGAGGAGGGGCUGGGGGUCUGGACUCCAGGGUCUGAGGGAGGAGGGGCUGGGGGCCUGAUUCCUGGGUCUGAGGGAGGAGGGGCUGGGGGUCUGGACUCCAGGGUCUGAGGGAGGAGGGGGCUGGGGUUCAGGAAUCUGGGUCUGAGGGAGGAGAGGCCGGGGGUCUGGACUCCUGGGUCUGAGGGAGGAGGGGCUGGGGGUCUGGACUCCUGGGUCUGAGGGAGGAGGGGCUGGGGCAUGCACUCCUGGGUCUGAGGGAGGAGGUCUUAGAGGACCAUGACUUCUGGGUCUGAGGAAGGAGGGGGCUAAGGGCCUGGACCCCUGGGUCUGGGGCAGGGGCUGGGGGCCAGGACUCCUGGGUCUGAGGGAGGAGGGGCUGGGGGCAGGACUCCUGGGUCUGAGGGAGGAGGGGCUGGGGUUCUGGAUUCCUGGGUCUGAGGGAGGAGGGGCUGAGAGUCUAGACUCCUGGUCUGAGGGAGGAGGGGCUGAGGGGUCUGGACUCCUGGGUCUGAGGGAAGAGGGGCUGAGGGGUCUGGACUCCUGGGUCUGAGGGAGGAGGAGGGUGGGGGUCUGGACUCCUGGGUCUAAGGGAGGAGGGCCUGGAGACCUAGAUUCCUGGGUCCACAGGAAGCAGGAGGAGGCCGGGCCCAAAGGUCUGAUCACCAAGAAGGAAGGAAACCAGAAAUCUGAGGGUUGCCAUGUGGGAGACACAACAGAAUGGUCUGGGCAGAGGAAGCAAUUGCUUUCGGGGAAGGCUCAUCGGAUGAGAUGUCAACACCAAGGUCUCCCUUCCCACCCACCCUGAGCCUGCCCACCGGGGAAUUCCAGCAGCUGUCCAGAGGAAGGGAGAGGGGAAGGCAAGUGAGGGCGAGGAGGCCGGAUCAGCAAGGCCCUACAUCCAGCAGCAUAAGGACAGAAACUACUCCCAGCACAGAGUCUGACCCGUGGGCCUGGAUUCUGAAGUCCCAGAGGAGCCUCCCGGGCUGGACUUUGGCUCUGCCACAGCACCACCCAGCUCCACGCCCAUCCCCUGCUCCCUUUUCAACCUCUCCCACAGCCCCCAGGCCCAGGACUCGGGAGUGCCAGAGGGAGCGGGUUCAGGACAGGUUCCUCACCGGAGAAAGAGAAAGAGAGAGAAAGAGAGAGGUUCGUGGCUCUCUACUUGCCCUGCAGAGCCCGGCAUGUGGGGCUACCUGUCUCUGCUGCCUGCUUUCCUGGCCGUCUGGGCUAUCACUGGAGUCUGGACUGUUGGCCAACAGGGCUGUGAACCUCACCGAGGGUUUCCCCUAUAUCAGCCUCUGUGGAUCUUACCCCCCUCAGAGCUGCAUCUUCAGCCAGCUGCUCAACAUGGGAGCUGCUAUGGCUGCCUGGAUCUGCAUUAUCCGUUACCACCAGCUCCGGGACUUGGGGGUCGGAAAGUGGCUUAACCUGCUGAUCCUGUGGACGGGACUCCUGUGUGCCCUGGGCACCUCCGUGGUGGGCAAUUUCCAGCAAAAGAACCAGCUGCCCACGCACCUGACAGGGGCUUUCUUUGCCUUCUUCGUGGGCAACCUGUACUUCUGGAUGCAGCAUUUACUCUUCUGGUGGAUGAAGAGCCUGCCCCAGCCUGGGCCUCCCUGGAUCGGGCCACUCCGCCUGGGCCUCUGCAGCCUCUGUACCAUCCUCAUGGUGACCAUGGUCAUCCUCCACUCCUGGCUGCUGCGCUCGGCCUCCGCCGCCUGCGAGUGGGCCGUGGCCAUGCUGCUGUUCACGCUCUUUGGCCUGUUUGCUGUGGACUUCUCCGGCCUGGACGGCUGCACCCUGACUCUCCGGCCGGGCCCCAGCCUCAGCUCCCCACCCGCCUCCCCGCUCUCCCUGCAGAUCCCCCUGUGAACGGCAGUCCGCUCGGUGUGGUCUGACCCCGGUGCUGCGAUCGAUCGCGGCCACCCGGGAAGUGAGAGGCCAAGGCCAGCCAGCCAUCCCUGCUCAAGGCUAUUUAUUAUUA